CGGUGACAGGUCUGCGCGGCUGGUGGGUGGUUCGAGUCUCGCUGGGUACGGAGCCGAGAGCAGACGUCUGCUGCAGCCCGAGGUCCAGACUGGCAAUACCCCGAGCAGAGAUUUUGUACAGUAGAUAUAUAAACAUAUAUAUACACAUAUAUAUAUAAAAAAUAUAUAAAAUAAAUUGUUGCAGCCACAAUCAUGGGAGUGGAUAUCGAGACAAUAUCCCCAGGAGAUGGCAGAACAUUUCCCAAGAAGGGACAGACCUGUGUUGUUCACUAUAUAGGAAUGCUACAGUGUGGCAAGAAGUUUGAUUCUUCCAGAGACAGGAACAAGCCUUUCAAGUUCAAGAUCGGCAGACAAGAAGUAAUUAAAGGCUGGGAGGAAGGUGUAGCGCAGAUGAGUUUGGGGCAAAGGGCAAAGCUGACCUGUACUCCUGAUGUGGCAUAUGGUGAAAGAGGCUUUCCUGGUGUCAUUCCACCCAAUGCCACUCUUAUCUUUGAUGUGGAGUUGCUGAAGUUGGAGUGAUGGAGUCCUUAAAGGAUGUUUUAAUUACAAGGAAGACAUGGGGGAAUCCUGGGUUUCAAUGCUAUGGACAGAUGUUCAGUGACUCACAAAUACUUGUGAAGAAGACCUUUCUGAUAUUUAUAAAAAGCCCGAUACCUGGCUAUCUACUUCCUGUUUGUUUACUCUUGAUAUAUGCAUUUGUCCGUUUUGAUUGACAGUGUUGUGUUACUUUGUAGAUUUUGUGCUUAUGGGAUUCAGAUUUCAAUCAUUUUUGUUUGUCUGUUUAAUUGCAUGUAAUAUUCAAUGAAUUUAAAUGAUUUCUCAAUACUGUUUCAUAAAGCUGACCUGACAAGGAGCCAACCUAACUUUUGAACAGCAAAUGCCUUAAGAAAAGGUGUACAAAAAUUUCUACAGCAUUUAAAAACUGGGCAUUUCUAACAAACUGGAGCACCUGUAUCACCAGUCUUACACUGAAUCAAGAGCUGAUGUAAAACUUGGUUGUGUCAACAAUAAAUCUUUUAUGUGCACCA